UUAGCCACAACCGAUAGGAUUUUGUCAACGUGACUGGAAGGAUUCUCGCAUGGUCUCAGCAGGACUGCCAGGAGUGGGUAAUAUAAAGCCGACCACGGGUUCACCGGCGUUUGUAGGACUUGAUCACCACGGAUACGAACAGAAAGAUGUCCACAGCGUCUUACUCAGAGAGGAUCACAAUGGGGCCCCUGGUCGCAGCUAUCGAUCAAGGCACAAGCUCGACGAGGUUUCUGGUGUUCAAUUCUAAAACGGCAGAGCUGCUUAGUCACCACCAGGUUGGGAUAAAGCAGAGUUUCCCUAAAGAGGGCUGGGUAGAAGAGGACCCUAAGGAGAUUCUUCAGUCAGUUUAUGAGUGUAUGGAGAGGACCUGUGAGAAGCUCGGCCAGCUCAACAUAGACAUCUCCAACAUUAAAGCUGUCGGCGUGACCAAUCAGAGAGAGACUACGCUGGUUUGGGACAAAGAGACGGGGGAACCGCUCUACAAUGCCAUUGUUUGGCUGGACCUUCGUACACAGUCCACAGUGGAGAGGCUGAUCAACAGCACCCCGGGAAAGAACAAGAACCAUCUGAAGCACAAGACCGGUCUGCCCAUCAGUACAUACUUCAGUGCUGUGAAGCUGCGUUGGCUCAUGGACAACGUGGAGGAGGUCGCUGAGGCUGUCCUGACACACAGAGCCAUGUUCGGCACCGUCGACUCCUGGCUCAUCUGGUGUCUGACAGGGGGGAAGAGUGGAGGGGUGCAUGUCACAGAUGUGACCAAUGCAAGUCGCACCAUGCUCUUCAAUAUACACACCCUGGACUGGGACCCCGAGCUCUGCAAAUAUUUUGAUGUCCCAAUGGAAAUUCUACCCCAAGUGAAGAGCUCCUCAGAAAUAUAUGGUUCAAUGAACUCUGGUUCUCUGGCAGGAGUUCCCAUCUCCGGGUGUCUCGGGGACCAGUCCGCUGCUCUGGUUGGUCAGAUGUGCUUCCAGGAUGGACAGGCUAAAAACACGUACGGAACUGGCUGCUUCCUGCUGAGAAACACAGGGAUCAAGCCAGUGAUGUCAGAUCACGGCCUCCUGACCACACUGGCCUACAAACUGGGGAAGGACUCACCAGCCCACUACGCUCUCGAGGGGUCGGUGGCCAUAGCUGGCGCGGUGGUACGCUGGCUGAAAGAUAACCUGGGAAUCAUCCAAUCCUCCGCAGAGAUCGAGAAGCUGGCAGGUGAUGUGGGCUCGUCCUAUGGAUGUUACUUUGUUCCUGCCUUCUCCGGGCUGUACGCCCCCUACUGGGAGCCCAGUGCACGAGGUAUCAUCUGUGGCCUGACUCAGUUCACUAACAGAUCUCACCUGGCCUUCGCUGCUCUGGAGGCUGUCUGUUUUCAGACUAGAGAGAUCCUGGAGGCUAUGAAUCAGGAUUAUGGGAUUCCUUUGACCCAGCUCCAGGUGGAUGGAGGCAUGACCUCAAACAGACUACUGAUGCAGCUUCAAGCUGAUGUACUCUGCAUCCCUGUGGUGAAGCCGUCCAUGUCGGAGACCACAGCGCUGGGCGCAGCCAUGGCAGCAGGAGCAGCAGAGGGGGUGGGUGUCUGGAGUCUGACCCCUGGUGACCUCACAACCAUCCCCACCGACAAAUACCAACCCCUGAUCAAUCCUGAGGAGAGUGAGUUCCGGUACGCUCGAUGGAAGAAGGCCGUCCAGAAGGCCAUGAAUUGGGAGACCACGGAGCCCAUCGUCAGCAAUGGGAACGGCCCGGUCAGCAAUGGGAACGGCCCGGUCAGCAAUGGGAACGGCCCGGUCAGCAAUGGGAACGGCCCGGUCAGCAAUGGGAACGGCCCGGUCAGCAAUGGGAACGGCCCGGUCAGCAAUGGGAACGGCCCGGUCAGCAAUGGGAACGGCCCGGUCAGCAAUGGGAACGGCCCGGUCAGCAAUGGGAACGGCCCGGUCAGCAAUGGGAACGGACACCACUAGUAGGAUCUGAGCCAACACUAGGAACCGUUGAGGAUACAUAUGGAGUUGAAGAGAGGGGGAACAUGCAGAAUGUAACACCCAUCCCUCCAUAGGUCCACAUGGCACCUACAUCUGAUGGCUGUUUGGGCAUGCUGUGGACUCCCUUCCCUCCUGAGAGCAUUCCUAGUGCACAUCCUGUUGCCUCCUGUACAUGUACUCAGCCCCGUUCGCUUAGUCCCAUGGACAAGGACCUAACCUGUGAACCUUUAUCUUGGAAGAAAGGCCCAAAGAUGGAAUCAAUGGCACUCGACUGUCUGAUCUGUGAUGGAAGAGACUAAUUCUCCUGUGGAAGGAAAAAAAACAUCCAAUCGUGUCUUGUCUUCUAUGAAUUAAUUAAGCAGAUGAUAUUUUUAAUGUCUUUAUCUUUUUUGUUUGUUGUGUCAUGUGCAUUGUCAUUUUAACAAAUGGUGACACUGUACAUUUAAAAAAACGAAUUACACUGGUUAGUAAUCGAACCACCAUUGAACCAGUGUUGUGAGAAUGUUGUAGGCUACAUAUCUGUAAUGUGGCAUGGGACAACUGCUGAGAGAUGGUUUGCUACUCUGAUGAUCGUAGAUGUACCUAGUUAUAUGUGGGUCCACUUGAAGGAACCUCUGUAUGAAAAGCAUCGCAGGGUCCUUACAGCACUUUAUAAUGAUUGAUUUACGUGUGGAGUCCAUGAUAUGAGUACGAUACUCUGGGUUUUUAAAGGGACAUUUGUGUAUUUAAAAACUAAUAAUUAAAUACCGAUAAAGCUUUUUUUUAAAGGGAUCAUUAGUGGAUAAUGAAAGGUCUGUGAAACACAUUUACUUCUGAAGGUGUAAGUUUUAACUACAAAAUGUUUCGUAAAACCUAUUUUCUGUGUUUCAGUCGUUCGAGAAAAGUAUCCUAAUAAGUUUUGGUCAUGAAUUGUCUUGUCCGUAAAGCACUUUAUAAUGAUUGAUUUGCAUGUGGACUUCCUGGUAUGGGUACAAUGCGCUAAUGUAAAUGUUAUAAAUAAAUUGACAGUAAUGCUUUUUGAUUUAUUAUCAAUUGAUAAUGAAUUGUGGGGGGGGGAAUCAAUGUGAAGGCAAGAAAUAACGAAGUGACAGAGGAAUCUAAAUGUCAACUGUACAAGAUGAUCUGUUUUUGUUAUUAAUUUACCGAGAAAUGUCAACCUGUAAAAUUGUUGUCAAGAGGAAAUGAAUCUGUCCAAUGUGCGUCAUAUGAGGUGGCAGCGUAGCCUAGUGGUUAGAGUGUUGGACUAGUAACUGGAAGGUUGCAAGUUCAAACCCCCGAGUUGACAAGUGUCGUUCUGCCCCUGAACAGGCGGGUAACCCACUGUUCCUUGGCUGUCAUUGUAAAUAAGAAUUUGUUCUUAACUGUUUUGCCUAGUAAAAUAAAAAAAUCCCAAAUGGCUGCUUUUCA